AUUGUGCUUUGGUACCGCUCAAAAUGACUAUUAUAAUGACAAUGUCCAUGAGUUAAGUAUUUGCAACAAUUGAAGUAACUAGUAGAUUCAAUACAUGCAAAUUAGGUUAAAAUAUAUUCGAAAUGGUUAAUUCUAUAGAUUUUAAUGUUUCCAACAAAAUUUUAAUAGUUUUGGGUGUUGUUGGUAGUAUAUUAGUUUUUGGAGGAGCUUUCGUUGGAUUUAAAGUCGUACCAGAUGGUAUAAAUAUGAAACUUUGGGAGACAAAAGUUUUGAAAGAAAAUACAGAACAAUGGAAUAUUUUUGUGAAAACACCUUUUCCGUUCACUUUCAAAGUUUAUAUAUACGAUGUUAAAAACCCAGAGGAAAUUUUAGAAGGAGAGAAACCGUUGGUAGAGGAGGUGGGACCGUUUGUAUACAAAUUAUUUAAGUGGAAGCAAGAAAUAGAUUGGUCUACACCCGAUGAUAUAUCUUAUAAUUUGUAUACCAGGUAUGAAUUUGACAAAGACGCUUCAGGAUUGUAUUCGGAUGAGACUAAAGUAACGAUUUUCAAUAGUAUGUUUUAUAGUAUUAUGUUGAAAAUAGAAGAAACUCAACCGGACGCUUUUGGUUUGAUAGAAAGUGAGCUUCCAAAGAUAUUUGGAGAAAAUGACGGUUUGUUUAUCAAAGUAAAAGUUAAGGAUUAUUUAUUUGAAGGACUGAAGUUCUGUGAAAAUGAAGGAGCCAAUGCCGGUUUUGCUGGUUCGAUGUUUUGUAGACAAGUUAUAGGAAAAUUGCAUGAGUCUAAGACUUUAAGAUUGGAAAAUAAAACGGUUUUAUUCUCUAAUAUGCAUUACAAAAACAACACACAUUCAGGUAGAUUCACUGUUAAAUCCGGCCAGAAAACUAGAGAAGAAGCUGGAAGAUUACAUUUAUAUAAUGGAAAAGAAUAUAUUAGCACAUGGUCGGGAGAUAAAUCUAUAUGUAAUAAAAUAAGGGGUGUGACAACUGUUUUUCCCGUAGAUGUGAAACCAGAUAUGAUUUUUGAAUCUUUUGCAGAAGAUAUUUGUAGAACAGUUGCUUUGGAAUAUUCCUCCGAGGAAACAGUGAAAACCCUCAAUGGAUUGAAAUUUGUUGCUAAAAAUGAUACAUUCAGCACCUCCAAUAAAGAAAACUCUUGCUUUUGUCAAAAUAAAACUCGGACGUUUGAUACCAAAUUAGGCUGUGCUAAAGAUGGGAUAACGGAUCUAAGUCCCUGUACAGGUGGUCCUGUUAUGGUGUCCUUUCCACAUUUAUUGUAUGGAAACAAAGAAUACCAAACAAGUGUUCAAGGUAUGGACCCGGAUAAAUCCAAGCACGAAACUUCUCUUAUAUUAGAACCGCUCAGUGGUUAUCCAUUAUAUGCAGCUCAAAGGAUACAAUUUAACAUGUUCCUUAGACCAAUUGAAGGUAUGGAAAGUUUGGCUAAUGUCUCCAGAGCAUUGAUGCCUUUGUUUUGGGUCGAAGAAACUUUAUUAAUUGGAGACCAGUACAUUGAAAUGAUGAAAUCUGAACUUUUUCAUACCAUGAAUAUAAUCAAUAUCGUCAAAUGGAUCGUGAUAACAUCUGGAUCGGCAUGUCUUAUAAUAGCAGCCUUGGCGAUAAUCUAUAAGCGGGCUCCUUGAUCCUUUCAGAAUGAACCUUUACCGUUCGUUAAUUAGGAAACACAUGCACAAUUUAAGCUAAUAAAUAUAAAAACCACCAUUUUAUUUGAUCUACGAAGUCUGAUAUUAUUAUAUAGUUUAUAGUAACAAUAGGUUAAGUCGUGUUUAAAUGUCCUAUUGUUGAGGACAUGUGUGACAAAGUAUACAAAUAUUUCUCUUAGAGAUGCAAAAAAUGGAGUUUGUACACUUCUUUUGAUGAUUAAUAAACAAUUUGUUGGAA